AUCAUUCAAGACGAAGAAGAUCCCCCAUAUGCAUAACAGGAAAAUGAGGCGUCCCUUCUCUUUCUUCUGUCUCCGCCCUAUUGUCCUCCUAUUCUUCUUCAUGAUCACCGCCUUGAUCCGUGCCACAAACGGCAACAAUCUCAUCCACAAAACCUGCAAGACCUGCGCUCAGUCCGACCCAAACCUCAGCUACGCCUUCUGCGUAACCUCUCUCGAAGCGGUUCCGAGUAGCUGCCGCGCCGAUCUCCGGCAGCUCGGCAACAUCUCGAUCAAGUUAACCAGACACAACGUUACGAAGACGAGGCACCGCAUCACGAAGCUCUUGGAGAAGAAAAAGUUGGAGCCGUUUGUCAGAGGAUGUUUGAACGACUGCUUCGAACUUUAUUCUGACGUCAUGCCUUCUCUUAAACAGGCCUUGAAAGCUUACAAGGCUAAGCGCUAUAAAGACGCUAACAUUGCCGUGGGCUCCGUCAUCGACGCCUCCUCAACUUGUGAAGAUGGGUUCACGGAAAAGGAAGGCGUGGUUUCGCCGUUAACAAAGACAAAUAACGAUACCUUUCAGCUGGCUGCCAUGGCGCUUUCGAUUAUCAAUUUACUAAGUCGUUGAUUCCUAUAUAUAUAUAUAUAUAUAUAUAUAUUUCCAUAUUCUUGUCUGUUGUUCAUAGAUGAUCGAAUGACAGAUACUGUCUUCGUGUUGAUUUUAAUUAAGUUUAUUUUGUUAGAAAAAAUAAAUAAAUAAAUUGGGUCAAACACAAAUAGAAUAUCCUCUUCUGGGUCAGAAGGAGGAUUAUGAUUAAUUAUAUCUAUAUAAUUUCCUUUGAAAUGGAUAAUUGGUAAGGUUGUGAGAUUUUUCUUUGAUAAUAUAAAAUUAAGGGAUUUUUGUUAUGAUCUA